AUGCCACCAGCUAGCUCCCUCGCGACACUCAUCAUCCCCGAGCUCCCUGUGUUCCCCUUCCCUCCCCUCCCUCCCAUUGCUGAUCCCGAGCUGGCGCGCCUCGCCGUCACGCACUCGAGCAACCACGCUCUUCCUCGUCGCCCACAUGCACUCGAGCAAGAUCCAGCAGAAAAGAUUGAAGACUAUGAAAAGCUCGAGCACGUCGGCGACGGUCUCCUCGGCGCUGUCGUCACGACGCUCCUGCACGACCUGUACCCCCAGCUCCAGCCUGGGCCUGCCACCAUGCUCAAGGCUCACCUCGUAGCCAAUACCACACUGGCCCAGCUCUGCUCUCGCUACCACAUCACCGACAUGAUUGUAGCCGCCCCGAGCGCACUGUACACCACCCGCGUCCAGGUCAAGACCCGCGGCUCAGUGUUUGAAGCCUACAUUGCCGGCGUGUUCUACGACUUCCUGGCCAGUGAUGUUCCGGGUGUGUACACUGCCCAGGCAGAGUCGGAGACGACCGUCUCCGGUGCCGCUGCGACGGCGGACCCUGAGAGUGUACAUGGCGAGUAUGUCGAGUAUGUCGAGUCAGUUGCUAGUGUCUCUUCUGUCGAUGUGUCGCUGGGGGCCGCUACCAACACCAGCACACUCGAGGACAUGAGCACUGGGAUCAAUGGUGUCGAGAACAAGGGGUCUGAACAGGUCCAAGACGCGACCAGCGAGGGUGACGAGACGGCCAACGGCUCCAGCGAAAAGGCGUCCCCCAACGGCACCACUUCCGUCGAGGACAAGACUGUCGAGACACCACUGGGGCCUACUCGCGAAGACAAGACCCCCGACAGCCACGCAGAACAGUCCCACGGGGUGAUCAGUGACGAAGACGUCGCCGACCUCGCGAUUCCAUUCGCUUCGCCGUGCUUUCCCCCGCCUUGGCCCGAGAAGCAUCUCGGGACACCAACGCCCAGGCGCUCCCGUUCAAUUCGUUCCAGCUCAACCACCGAGGAUGGCCCUGCGGUCCCCUCGGCUUACACCUCUGCGUGGAAACUCGAGCCUCUGGCCCCCCUCCGCCUGCGUCCCAUGCGCACGCGCGGCGAGGCGUACGACUAUAUCGAACGCUGGCUGCGCCCGCUCUUCACUCCCGUCGCACACUUUGCAUUCGCCUGCAUGGAACAAGACCUCAAGAGCUUGCAGAGUAUCGCCGAGGACGAGGGCGGCGUGUCCGCGCACGUGACUGCUGGGUCGACCGGUGCGCUCAACGCAUGGGCGAUGAAGGAGACGGGCCGCAUGCCGUCUUACGCGUGCAGUGCAGCCGGUAUGCGCUGGCGUGGAUCGGUGAGUGUCGUCGACAAGGAGGGUGUCGAGCACUCUGCCGAAGCGGUGAGGGACACCAAGAAGACGGCCACGACGGUGGCGGCCUGGCUGGUGUGCAAGCAGCUCGGCCUCGAGGUCGACGGCGCGUAG